AGGCGGGCGCUCCCGCACCAGCAGUCCUGUGGCGGCAACCACCAUGGACCGGGAGUCCGUGAGCGGUGUCGAAGGAGGAGAAGCCAACGUAACGUUGGGAGCUGCGGCUGCCGCGGCAUUCAGGGACCCGGCGCGGCAGAUGAGUAAUGAGAGAGGCUUUGAAAAUGUAGAACUGGGAGUCAUAGGAAAAAAGAAGAAAGUCCCAAGGAGAGUCAUCCAUUUUGUUAGUGGUGAGACAAUGGAAGAAUACAGCACAGAUGAAGAGGAAGUCGAUGGCCUAGAGAAGAAAGAUGUCUUGCCAACUGUUGAUCCGACAAAACUUACCUGGGGCCCCUACUUAUGGUUUUACAUGCUUCGGGCUGCCACAUCAACCCUCUCAGUUUGUGACUUUCUUGGAGAGAAGAUUGCAUCUGUUUUGGGCAUCAGCACCCCAAAAUAUCAGUAUGCCAUUGAUGAGUAUUACCGGAUGAAGAAGGAGGAAGAAGAAGAAGAAGAAGAAAACAGGAUGUCUGAAGAAGCUGAAAGACAGUAUCAAGAACAACAGAAGAAGCUGCAGGCUGAUUCUGUUCAGACAGAUCAACCAGAAACAGUGGUUUCCACUUCAUUUGUGAAUAUCAAUUUUGAAAUGGAAGGAGACUGUGAAGUAAUUAUGGAAAGCAAGCAAAACCAAAACGCAGUUUCUGUCCCACAGUAGAUAAGGAAAUGACUAUCAAA